UAGUCUCCAGUUACUGAGAAACUAGCAUGUCUGGACGCGGCAAGCAGGGCGGCAAGGCUCGCGCCAAGGCCAAGACGCGCUCGUCCCGCGCCGGGCUGCAGUUCCCCGUGGGCCGCGUGCACCGCCUGCUGCGCAAGGGCAACUACGCCGAGCGCGUGGGCGCCGGCGCCCCGGUCUACCUGGCGGCGGUGCUCGAGUACCUGACGGCCGAGAUCCUGGAGCUGGCGGGCAACGCGGCGCGCGACAACAAGAAGACGCGCAUCAUUCCGCGCCACCUGCAGCUGGCCAUCCGCAACGACGAGGAGCUCAACAAGCUGCUGGGCAAGGUGACGAUCGCGCAGGGCGGCGUGCUGCCCAACAUCCAGGCCGUGCUGCUGCCCAAGAAGACCGAGAGCCACCACAAGGCCAAGGGCAAGUGAAGAGUUAGCGCUAGUUAGCCGUUUUUCCGGAAAACAAAGGCUCUUUUCAGAGCCACCCAAUUGCUUUGUGAAGUGCUGCAAUGCUUCGAGACCCCAACAUAUUCUUUUCAGCGUCGUUUCAGGAUUUCACUGAUGAUCAGCUUUAAGCAUCAUCCAGUGGAAAGUAAUUCUUUGUCCUAGGAUACUAGUUUAAAUUCCUAAGCUUUUACAGGGAGUUGCAGAGAAAUGAAACGUUGUUAUUUUCAGUCAAAUGAGUAAGGAAAAAAUAUUUUCAGCAAAACGGUACCGAGGCAAUAUAAGUUAAGUAUAAUGUGGGAAAACAAAUUUUGUGUUAUGUUACCGUUUGGGCAUGCGCUUAAGUACCCACAAUUUCAGGUAUUGUGUGUCCAUACAUUCUCACAAUAUUUGACAGUAUGAAUAAAAGUUCAAAAUUUAAAAAUCAAAUUUCAGGACCGGAUGUUUUAAAUUGUGGAGAAGAGGGCGAUUCUACCAGCAAUAAUAUGUUCAAUUUGGAUUUUUACCCUUCAGGAAAGUAUAAUUAAGAAAAGUCAACACUACAUCCUGCUUACCUUUGCAUGUGUUAAAAAGGGACUAACUGGAAGCCUACUGCUCCAUCUGUCUGAAGGGAAUAGCAAGGGACCAACAAUCCCGACUUGACUAGCCUCUAAAAAUAGUAAUGCCUGCCCGUAGCUGUCCUUUCUAUUGUAUCCUUAGGGAGCUGUGGAGGUGCAAGUGCAGUGGCUCAGCACCCCAAAUAAGCAGCUGGUCACCAGAGCUUCAGUUCUCCCUGCCAGGCGCUGUGGCCUAGAGCCCGAUCUCGUGCUACCAGAAAUGAAUCAAGCUGUGUACGUGAAAUGUCUGAAUUCUCAUAGUGUAAAAUUGUGACAUUCUUCCUUUACUUGUUCAUCAAGAUACACAGAAUGGAAUAUUUUCUAAAUUGGAAGAUAAUUGACCUAAUUUUCUUAUGUCAGUGUUUUCUACUAUUUUUCUAGGUUAUAGGAAGAACAAUUCAUCUUUCUUUUUUCAUGAAAUGUAGUUAGACAUUUGUAUAAGGCUUAAAUUUAGUGAUACAUAUGAGUUUAAAAAUCAGUUUGGGAUGUUUUCCCUUUAAACUGCAUUUUUAUUUCUAGUUUUAUUUUGGCAGAACUGGGAAUUGAACUCUGGCCCUUGCACUAGCCAGGCAAGCACUUAUUCCACUGAGCCAUCUCCCCAGCCCUAAAACUGCACUUUCAGAGGAAAAAAGUGCACAAAAUAUGUAGUAGUUGCUGUCUAUUGACUGCAUAUGAAAAAUUACAAUAGUAAUGUUUCGUCACUACCUUUUUCCUGCAUUAACAGUGAUCGUGAUAAGCCUCCCUCUUUUUCUAGUGUGACUUGUUUUUAUUUAAUGUGUCAUUCUGUGUUGUUACAUUGAUAUCAAAGUUUUAAGGGGAAAACUUCAGCUGUAAGAGAGCCAUGAAUCUAGACCUUACCAUUAUUGGCAAAAUAUCAUUCAAGGAGCUGUGCAGUGGAGCAUGUGGAAUGUUAAUUAGGUUAGUGUGGCUGGAAGGGACGAAUAGACUUGGAUUACUGGUAUUUUCAGCCUGAUAGAAACUAAAGUUUUACAGGAAAGGAACAUUUAAAGGGAAGGUUUGGAGUUUUAUGUAUGGCUUUCAGCAUAGGUAACCCUGUUAUGUCUGGGUGACCAUUACCUCGGGACUGGUUCCUUAGAUUGCUCAACAGGAGGCUUUAUGGCUUCUGCUUCUGCUCACCAGUCUGACCUCUUCAUUUAAGAAUCCAGAAGGCUUUGCUUUUAUAGAAAUAUACAAAGUACCUUGGAGGUUUAUGGCAGUAAUUGAAGAUUUCUAGGUGUUGCUCUUCAGUAGAAGGCUUUACAAAAAUUGAGAACUAUGUCCCUGUAAAUCUUCUCAUUCCUGAAGGGGGAUGAGGUAAAUCACAUAAAUUUGUCUAUAUAAACCUUGCAUUUUGUUUUUAUUUUAUUUAGAUUUUUUU